GUAACGUAUCGCGUUUGGUUUUUCUUUUGAAAAAGUGAAUCCAUUUUGAAUAUCCUAACAAUGUUGUUAUUAUGUAUGCGAAAUUGAGUGUUUAAUUCAUUCUUUUAUUGUUGAACAGAGUUCAUUUCAAGCAGGAAUUAUAUGAUACAUAAUGAUGACAAUGAUGAUGAUUACGAUGUAGAUGGAUUGAACAAUGUUUACGAAUAAAUUUCUCAUUAUAUGGACAUUUAUUUUUGCUAUAAUCAUAAUCAAUGAUUCGUCGAAUGGAAUUACUUCAGACGUUUAUAAAACCAACUCACCAGUACUAAAUUUAUCAGAAACUUUAAUUUACAAUGUAACUAAUAUCUCUACGGAAUCAAAUCGUACAUAUAGAUAUCUCUAUCAUAAUCUUAAAGCUUAUUUUCUUAAAUGGUAUCUACCUAUGGUGAUAAUUUUAGGCGUUGUUGGCACUGUGUUCUGUUUAGUCUUUCUAUUCUUAUCCAGAUUAUUUCCACAAAAUAUGUUGAUAUGGUUGGUCAGUAUAUGCUUCGGUGACUUUUUUAUCCUCUCAUUAGAGGGUAUAUGGAUGCUGUUAAAAGUAUGGUAUAAUUAUGAUAUACGUGAUAUUAAUAAUUUUAUUUGCAUAGUGCAUACAAGUCUGUCGAAUUAUUUUUUCUAUUGGUCAGCUUAUAUGCAGACUAUGCUAUCAUUACAAAGAGCUUAUCUGAUUAUCAGACCAUUACGAGCUAGAAAUAGUGGUCCAAAUAUGGUUUGGCUUUUCAGAUUAUGGUCAAUAAUAUCUAUAGGUCUAGUGCUACCGAUUUUACCAUAUCCAAUAUACUGGCGUGUGAUUAACAAUGAUUGUGAUCCUACUAGCAGAGAGUUGUUUCAUGUGACUACACUGAAUGAUUUCAUUAUCUGGGGUUUAAUUCCGCUAAUCGGGAUGACAACAUCUACAGUUAUCAUAUGCUGGAAUAUAUUUCGACUGAGAAAGUGUUUUCGGAUAGCUACAUCAGCAGUUUACCUACAUGAACAGGAAAGUCAACAACAACAACAGCAACAGCGGAAGUCAAGAGAAAACAGAUUCAGUACGAUGAUUUAUCCAUAUAAACAAAGUAAUUUAAUUGGAAACUGUCUGAGACGUUCGAAUUCCCUGUCAAUUUCUGAAUCUGCACUUUAUAUGACAACUAAAAAUCAGUAUGAAGUGCCACCAAGAAUUUAUAAACCCGUGUCCAUUCAUGAUAUUAUACGUCAAACAGCGAAAUGUAGUAGUACAAUUACAAAUUCUAGAAUACAAAACAGAAUAAUAAAUUCGCUACCGUCUCAAAAACACUUUACAACUAAAGGUAAAACACUGUCCGCUGAACAACUCACAAUUGGCAUCAAAUCAAACAGUUUAUCUGGUUAUCGUCAUGGUGCUGCAGAUAAUGCAGGACAUGUGACACGACUUCUUAUUUGUAUGAAUAUCUGGUAUAUGGCUAGUACAUAUCCACUUAUUAUUUAUUUAAUGUUAUUAAAUUUUUUAUUAUGCAAUGUUGAUCAAGAUGUACACAAAUUUAUUUAUUAUUUAUCAAGAAGUUUAUGCUUUUUAAAUGCUUGUUCAAAUUGGAUAUUUUAUUGUGCAUCAGGACGUUUAUUUCGAUCACGAAUACGUCAACUGAUACGUCGUUUCCUUUAUCGAGUACAGUUGUAUCAUUCAAGUCAAAGUUCUGUUCCAUUACCACCUGAUUAUACGAAUCAAUUUAAAAAUAACUUUGUACUGAAUACAUCAACAAAUGCACAAUCACGUUUCACUUCAGCUUUGAAAUGUGCUAAUACUUUUAGAAAAAAUACUGAAAAAUUGAAUUUUCGGUGUUCCAAUGAUAAUAAUAAUAAUGUUAAUAAUAAUAAUAAUACUAAUCCUAGUACUAACAAUCUGUUAUUUGCUAAUUUAGGAUGUUUAAAAAGGCAGAAUACUGAUCAACUUACCACGAAACUGUCAGAUGUUUCAAAUGAUUGCACAAAAAUUGAAGGAAUCGAAAAUUUGUCAAAUAUCAAGCAUAAUAAUAAUGAUGAUCAUGAUGGUGAUAGUGUUAAUACCUUGAGUAAUAAAUAUUCCAAUAAUUGUUUUCCCUUGGGAUACCGGUGUUUCUGUAAUCUAUUUCCAUGCACAGUAAAGUCAGGCAAUAAAACUAGUGAUUGUAGCAAAGUUAUCACAGAAAUAUCACAUUCUAACAAUGAAGAUAAAUUGCAAAAUAAGCAUAAUGAUGGUGAUAAUGAAAUUGAUGUGAAUAAACACUUCAUACUUGGUUGUAAUGGCUGUUUCACAGGAUUUUGUUGUUGGAGAUUUUGGUGGUAUGGUUUAAUGGCCGGUUGCAUAAAACGUAUACCGAACACAGUGAUAACUAGACAAGAAAGUGAUCAAAAUCAAUCGGUUCACAUGUUUACAGGCUUAUCAACUUCAUCAUCAGUAUAUGAUACUUGUAAUAUGCAUCGCCGACAUUCAGAAUAUGCUUUGAAUAACUUGACGCAUAAAUAUUCUAAGCAUUAUCGAUCAACUGAAAAAUUUCGUGAACUAGAACCCAAGAGAAAAUUUGAGUUAGACUUAGCUAUUCAAAGAACAUUCAGUACAUCAAUUAGUAGAAAACUCCAUAAGUCAUCAAAAUUAUAUCAUUUCGGGAGAUCAGUUACUACAGCCAAUACCACAGGUCAUUCAAGUUGGGAUUCAGAAACGAUGUUUGAAAAAGACAAAUCAGUAGAUGAAAAGAACAGCCGCAGCCACAGUAACAGCAACAGUAACAACAACAACAACAAUACUGACCCACUGUCAAUUCAACCAAUCAUUCCAAAAUGUUUCUGUUAUAUUUCAUCACAUGGAAAUAGGAGAUUUAAUUACAAUCUGUGUAAAUACCAUCAAGAUUUCAGUUCAUCAUGUCGCCAUCAUCAUAAUCAUAAUCAUAGGCAACAACAAUAUUCUCUACAGCAUAAUUCACAUUUAUACUUCCAACCACAUUGUCAUCAUAUAUGCAAGCAUAAUUCGUUGCAUAAAUAUCGUCUACCAUCAUCUUGUCAUUCUGUCAAUAGAGACAUCAUUGUAACCAGUGCAUCAACGUCGAUGACAAAACCUACAUCAACAACAAUUUCCAUUACUAAUAAAGAUAAAAAUAUUACUAUUAACGAAGACAUUCCAACACAAAACCAAACAUUAGUUUAAGUAAAGUAAGAAAGAGGUCGAGUGAUGUAAACACGUAAGAAUGCUUUUCACGAAUGAUACUAAUAAUAAUGCUUAUUACGAACAUGUACCAUGAGGAGUAAAUUUGUUAAGCGUCCGCAAAACGAAAGGAGAUGAAUGGUACAGCCUACCACGUAGAAGAAGAAGAAGGCUAAGAAUCGGAAAUACAAUUAACUGGUUGUUGAUCAUGUAAAUAAAUGUAAAUAACAUUUUUUAUCAAGAAUAAAAUCAAGA